GAAUGAAUGAGACCUAAAUAUUUCCCAAGAUCAUUGGUUAAGGGAGAUCCACAACAGCAAUCCUCUUGCAAGUGUUAGGGGAGCAAAAGAUGAGGGAUUUUUCAUAAUUAACAGCCUGAUUUGUUUUGUACUAUAAUGGAAAAUGUUGCCAGUAGAAACUUUGAUAAGAUCUCAAAGUUAGGGCAUGAUUUUGUUUUAGAUGAUCUGCUCCUGCAGUGAUGAUAUUGUACUAUUUUGUCUGAGAUCCUUGAUUUAUAAUGUAGCAAUGGUCUCAAGACAAUUGAAAACAAUUUUAAGUUUAGUUCUAUUACAGCUAAUUCAUUGAUAACUGGCAGCAAAGCAAAGCGCGGCGUCGUCGCAAGUCCCAAAAUUAAAUUUAAAGAGAAAGGCGCCCAGCCUGAAACGAAAAAGGGAAAGGGAAAUGGAAGAAGAAGAAGAAGAAGAGCAAGUGGCGACGGAGCCUCCCAAAAUUCACCGCCUAGACGAGUCCGUAGUGAACCGAAUCGCCGCCGGUGAGGUCAUCCAACGCCCCGUCUCGGCCGUCAAGGAGCUCGUCGAGAACAGCCUCGACGCCCACUCCUCCUCCAUUAACGUCGUCGUCAAGGACGGCGGCCUCAAACUCAUCCAAGUCUCCGACGACGGCCACGGAAUCCGAUAUGAGGACUUGCCGAUACUGUGCCAGCGGCAUACGACGUCGAAAUUGUCGUCGUUUGAAGACCUGCAGUCCAUAAAGUCGAUGGGGUUUCGAGGAGAAGCUCUUGCGAGCAUGACGUAUGUGGCUCAUGUGACGGUGACGACGAUCACCAAAGGGCAGUUGCAUGGUUACAGGGUUUCUUAUAAAGAUGGAGUGAUGGAGAAUGAGCCCAAGGCGUGUGCUGCCGUAAAAGGAACUCAGAUAAUGAUUGAGAACUUAUUCUAUAACAUGUCUGCCCGGAGAAAGAAUCUGCAAAACUCUGCUGAUGAUUAUUCAAAGAUUGUAGAUUUGUUAAGCCGGUUUGCCAUUCAUCACACAAGUGUUAGCUUCUCCUGCAGAAAGCAUGGAGCCGGUAGAGCAGAUGUUAGUUCUGUUGCCACAAUAUCAAGAAUUGAUGCGAUUCGUUCAGUUUACGGGGUGUCAGUUGCCCGCAGUCUGAUGAAAGUAGAAGAAGCUUUGGACAAUGAUCCGUCAAGCUCAGUUUUCCAGAUGGAUGGCUUUAUCUCCAAUUCUGAAUAUGUUGCGAAGAAGAUAACUAUGGUGCUUUUUAUAAACGAUAGAUUGGUGGAUUGCACUGCAUUGAAGAGAGCUCUAGAAAUUGUUUAUGCCGCUACAUUGCCGAAAGCAGCAAAACCCUUCAUAUACAUGUCAAUUGUAUUACCACCUGAACAUGUUGAUGUGAAUGUUCACCCAACAAAGAGAGAGGUGAGUCUUCUGAAUCAGGAAGUCAUCAUUGAGAAGAUACAGUCAGUGGUUGAAUCAAGAUUGAGAAGCUCCAAUGAGACACAGAUAUUUCAGGAGCAGACAGUUGAACCACCUUCAUCCAGCCAAAUGAUUUCUAGCAAGGAUUCAAAUCGUAAUCCUACGCCAUCUGGGUCAAAAUCACAAAAGGUUCCAGUGAAUAAAAUGGUCAGAACAGAUUCAUCGGAUCCUGCUGGAAGGUUGCAUAUUUACUUGCACGCAGAGUCUCGUGGCCAUCUUGAAAAGAAUACUAGCUUGACUGCUGUUAGAUCGUCUGUUAGACAAAGAAGGAACCCAAAGGAAACUGCUGAUCUGAGUAGCAUUCAGGAGCUUAUUGCUGAUAUUGAUAGCAAUUGUCAUUCUGGUAUGCUAGACAUUGUGAGACACUGCACAUACAUUGGAAUGGCAGAUGACGUCUUUGCAUUGCUUCAGCAUGACACACACCUCUACCUUGCAAAUAUAGUGAGCUUGAGCAAAGAGCUCAUGUAUCAGCAAGUUCUACGUCGAUUUGCUCAUUUUAAUGCUAUACAAUUAAGUAACCCAGCCCCGCUGAAGGAGUUGAUUGUGUUGGCACUGAAAGAGGGGGACACAGAUCCAGAAUCCACUGAGAAUGAUGAACUAAAUGAAAAGAUUGCAGAAAUGAAUUCAGAACUACUUAAGCAAAAGGCUGAUCUACUAGAGGAGUACUUUUCCAUUCACAUAGAUAAAGAUGGAAAUUUGUCCAGGCUUCCUGUCAUACUUGACCAAUACACACCUGACAUGGAUCAUGUCCCAGAAUUUGUGCUUUGUUUGGGCAACGAUGUUGAUUGGGAAGAAGAGAAAAAAUGCUUCCAAGUAAUUUCAGCUGCACUUGGGAACUUUUACGCCAUGCAUCCUCCUAUGUUACCCAACCCAUCUGGUGAUGGUUUGCAAUUUUACCAAAAAAGGAAGUUGUUCAGGAAUAAUGAAGGAAGUCUCUCUUGCAAUACUGGUGCGGAUGAUAUGAUGACGGAGGACGAAAUUGAGCACGAACUAGUUGCAGAAGCAGAGACUGCAUGGGCACAGCGCGAAUGGUCAAUCCAGCAUGUAUUGUUUCCAUCAAUGAGGCUCUUUUUUAAGCCACCAAAUUCUAUGGCUACAAAUGGAACAUUUGUUCGAGUUGCUUCACUAGAAAAGCUGUACAGGAUUUUUGAAAGAUGCUGAUGUCAUUCGACCAUUUAAUUUCUGGAGGCGUUCAGUUUACAUUCAAGUCAUCACAUUGUUCUUAUGGUCUCUGUGACUGGUUUGUAAAAGGCAAAAGGUGGCAUGGCAUUUCAAUAUGCCAGCCAUUUGAAGUGGUUGAUUAAGACGAACACCAAAAAUUGUUUUUCGCUUUUUUUUUUUUUUUUUUUUUAAUGUUCCUGUUUGUGAUCUCCAUUAGUGCAGCUUGAGGCCUCGUGUAUAUAUAGUUUCAUCCUUUUUUGCACUUUUAGGUUGACCUAGCAGACACUUCAGAGUCUUCACAUUUGAAACUAUUAAAUCUUCUUUUAGACGUAAUAUCAUCUAAUAGUGUGGUAUCAAAA